UCUACACCAAAGGAUACCUAUGCUUUUCCGUUCCAUAAUGGCAACAAUGAGAAGAAAGUGGAGCCUGGAAAAUCUGAGACUGAAGUUUGCCUGCGUCCUCUGCCUCCUCUUCAUCGAGGGGAGCAAAACAGAACAAGGAAAAUAUUCGGAGACCUUCUGUGUGUUUCAAGACAAGAAGUAUCGGGUGGGUGAACGGUGGCAUCCGUACCUAGAGCCCUACGGGAUUGUCUACUGCGUGAACUGCCUCUGCUCAGAGAACGGAAACGUGCAGUGCAACCGAAUACGGUGCCCGAACUUGCACUGUCCCAACCCCGUCCAAGUCCCCCAGAUGUGCUGCCCUCGCUGUCCAGAUGACUCGCUUUUCUCAGUGGGCAGUAAGAUCACUGGGAAGUCCUGCGAAUUUAAUGGUACCACCUACCAGCAUGGGGAGAUGUUUGUGGCAGAAGGACUCUUCCAAAACAAACAAGCCAACCAGUGUGCCCAGUGCAGUUGUUCGGAAGGAAACGUCUACUGCGGGUUGAAGACUUGUCCCAAAUUAAGCUGCUCCUCACCUGUGUCUAUGCCCGAAUCCUGUUGCCCAGCUUGCCGAGGAGACGGAGAGUCCUCGUGGGACCACGCGGAUGGAGACAUUUUCCGGCAACCAGCCAACAGAGAAGCUAGGCACUCUCCCCAUCGCUCCCAUUAUGAGCCACCGCCCAGACAAAUAGCCAACAUCCCACGAUUUGCUGGAGGCAGAAGUAACAGAGGAGCCCUACCGGACAUGCAACAGGCCUCUGGGACCAUCGUCCAGAUCGUCCUGAACAACAAGCAUAAGCACGGACGAGUGUGUGUUUCCAAUGGGAAAACCUACUCCCAUGGGGAAUCCUGGCAUCCUAACCUCCGAUCGUACGGAAUUGUGGAGUGUGUGUUGUGUACCUGCAACGUCACCAAGCAAGAGUGUAAGAAGAUCACUUGCCCCGAGCAAUACCCUUGCCGGCAGCCAAAGAAAAUUGAAGGGAAAUGCUGUAAAGUCUGCCCAGAAGAAGAUGAAGAUGAAGACCAGGACAGUAAAGAAUACUUCUGUGGUGAAGAGACACUUCCAGUCUAUGAAGCUGUCCUCACACAAGUUGAAGAAAUUGUCCGAAAAAUAGCCGUGGUGAGAGAUGAGCCACCUCAAGUGGAAAUCCAUGUGUGGACCAUCCGGAAAGGUGUCUUGAGCCAGUUUGAUACAGAGACGAUUUCCAUGAGUGAAUUCAGACAACUGCCCCACUUCAAGCAGAUCACAAGGACCACUCUGAGCCAGUGGAAAAUCUUCAGUGAGGGCGAAGCUCAGAUCCGCCACAUGUGUGAAAGCCGGGUGUGCAGGACUGAACUGGAAGAUCUGGUGAAAGUGUUGUACCUGGAGAAAUCUGAAAGGGAUCACUGCUAAGACAGCACUGGAAAGAGAAGGGUGUGCGCUCAGGCACACUUGCACGCCUCCACACACAUCCACACAAACACAUCCACGCAUCCCAGAUGACAUUACGGAACUCUGCAGCUGGACUGCGGGCUUCUUUUUGCUUGUUUCGCCAGGGCCCUGAAAACCAAACGUAUAACGCCGUUCAAUAUUCAUCUCAUGGCCAGCAUAACGUGCUGCUUUGCGCAUGGAUCGGGGCCAGACCUUUUCCAUCUCUCUCCCAAAAAAAACACAGAACAGCACUUAGAAGGCCUUGAGCAAUUGCUGCCUUGAGUCCCUAGCCAGGAAGGAAGAGGAGAUACAAAUAAAAGUGAAUAAUAAAUAAAGAAAUACCGGUAGGAGAGGAAGGGAGAGUUUAGUUUCGUGGAAAAGGUCAUGGCCCGAAAAGAUUUUUGAGAAAGUUUGUUUUUGCAAAGAGAAAUGUUGAUGUGCAGGGGUUUGCGAAGGUGGCAUCUCCUCUAGCCAUGGGAAGCCUCGCAAUGACCCGGGUCAGAAUAGGUGGGUUCCUGAUCGUCCUGUAAAUAGAAAGACAGUCAUGCUGAUGAGUUUGAAAUAUAGGAGUAGAUUUCAGGCUUUCUGCUUCUAACGCAUGGUCUUGGGAAUCAAUGGCACAUGGUGCAUUAAAAUGUUUGACACUGCCUUGGUUUCAGGGUUGUUGGUUUAAGAGCAAAGGGCUUUGGUGAAGUGGGGGAAAGAGAGAAGAUUAGGAAGCAGCUUGGCUCUAUAAAUAUAGUACACCUCCAAUCCCUAUGGGAGAAAGUACUUAAGGGAAGAUGAGCCAAAAAAGAGUGGAAAAGGGUCAAGCACACUACCUUCUUGUCUAAGCCUCCUCCCCAAAACUGAUUUACUUUUGAAACACUGGCCAAAAAAAAAAAGCUAGUUACAUGCAUGUCAUUUGCCCUUUCA